CCACUCUCUCUUUCUCUUUUCUUCAGAGAUUUUCCAUCUCUCCAGAAAAUGGAAACGGAAAAAGCUUGAAGAUGGUAGUUUUUCUACCCCUUUGCUUUUACUCCAAAUAGCAAGUCAUACACUAACUCGCUUGAUUCUCUCUCAAACACGUACGUACUGAUUCCUUCCCUCCCUCCCCUUUUCUCUCUGCUUUUUCCUCUGCAAAAAUUUUCUACUUUCUUUUCUUCCCUGCACAAGUGGGUCUGUUUCCUUCUUUCUUGCUCACACUUAAUUCUCACCAAACACCCCAUAUGCGUUUUCUGUACUGUACUCAUUUCACUCUUCUCCUCGCUCUCUCUCUGUAAUCUUGAAUUGAGUCUCCCUCCCUUAAUCUCUUCUUUUUGUGUCGCUUUCCUCAAACUUUCUUCCAACAUAAUCAAAAGUUAAAGCGAUUUGGCUGCAAGAAGCCUCGUGGGUUUGGUGUCUUUAACACUCUUAUCUUUCUCUUUAUUCUCCGAAUCUCGAGUCUUUUUGCCCUCUACAAAGCCCCCCGUUCCAAUGCGAAUCUGAGGAGAAAAUAUGGAGAAACAACAAGCCAUGUUGUCGAGUAGUGUUAAGUUCAGUGAGCACAGGCAGCAAGUAUCAUUGCCGUCCGGCCGGAGAAAUUUGCCGGAGAUUUGGCCCCGAGUUGUUCGGAUAUCCGUUACUGAUGGUGAUGCCACGGAUUCCUCUGAUGAGGAUGAAGAGAAAGCGUGUUUUGGGAGGCGGAGAGUGAAGAGGUAUGUGACGGAGCUGAGGAUUCAGCCGUGUGGGAGAGGUGACGGCAACGGGAACAGUGAUGGAGUUUUGAGGACGGAGGGGACGGCGGCGGCGAAGCGGCGGAAGAAGAGUGGUGCUGAGUCAGCGGCGGUGAAUGGCCGGUUGAAGGCGGGUAACAAUGCGCGGAAAUAUCGGGGCGUUAGGCAACGGCCGUGGGGCAAAUGGGCGGCGGAGAUAAGAGAUCCUCUGCGACGUGUAAGGCUAUGGUUAGGCACCUACGAUACCGCCGAAGAAGCCGCUAUGGUUUACGACCACGCGGCCAUUCGGUUGCGUGGCCCUGACGCUCUCACCAACUUCUCCGUACCUACCACGGCGCCGCCUCCCGCUCUGGCUGAUGUCAAGCCGGAGCCGGCUGACUCCGGCUACAAUUCCGGCGACGAUUCUCACCACCAACUCUCCCCCAAAUCCGUCUUGCGAUUCGCCUCCUCAGCCUCCAACGGUGACUCUCACUCUCCCCACCAAGCCCAAGCCGAAGCCGAAGCCGUCAAAAUGAGCCACAGCCCUCCCUCGCCGGAAAACCUCUCCACUUUCUCCUCGCCGUUCGACACUCUAUUUCCAAACGACUUGUUCGAAUUCGAGGACCCGUUACCCGUACCCGUACCCGGUUUGUUCGACGAAAUGGGUCUGCGUAACUACAUUUUCGAAGAAGCCUGCACUGAUACCUUCAUCGGGUCAAGUCAUGAGUUCGGGUUAGAGCAAUCCACCUGGCCGGCGGACAAUUACUUCCAAGAGUUUGGAGAUAUAUUCGGGUCGGAUCCUCUCGUCGCACUGUGAAAGCCCAAAAUCAAAUGUUUUUUUUUUCUUGGAGGUUUCAGUUUUGUUUGUGUUUAAGAUUUUAUUUAUUUUGCGUUUAAAUUAAAUUAGGAUUAAGUAGUGAAGUACUAUGUAGCAAAGAUAGGAACGGCUCCGUUACGUUAACGGUGACGGACGAGGAAGAGAGUUUUGGUUCUUAUUAUGGUUCGUACUUAUCGUUUCCGUGGUGUAAUUAAAUCUAUGGUUUAACUGUCCAUAACAUCCGUUAAUCCAA